AUGUGGUCGUACUUGUUUGGGUCAGGGAAUGCAAAGCAGAAGAAGGAGCUGCCCAAGAAGGCCAUUCUUGAGCUGCGGGAGCAUAUCCAGUUGCUUUCCAAGAAGCAGGCCCACUUGCAGACGCAGAUGACGAGUCAGGAGGAGAGCGCGCGGCACUUUCUCUCGAAGGGGAACAAGAACAUGGCCAAAGCUGCGCUGAAGCGCAAGAAAGUAUUCGAGAGCCAACUCUUGAAGAUAGACAAACAGGUGGACUCGCUUGAGCAGCAGCUCUACUCCAUUGAGAAUGCGAACUUGAACUUGGAGACCAUGAAGGCAAUGAAACAGGGCGCGUCGGCAAUGAAGCACAUCCACGAGGGACUGGACGUUGAGCGCGUCGAUGAGACCAUGGACGAGAUUCGCGAGCAAGUGGAACUGGGCGAGGAGAUCAGCGAGGCCAUUUCUCGGCCGCUAUACACAGGUGUGAACGAGAUAGAUGAAGAUGAGCUUGACGAAGAACUAGAUAUGCUUGCGCAAGAGGAAGUUGCCCGGAAGGUGAUGGAGCCUGGUGCUGCUGUUCCGGCCGCGGCGCCGGCAACAAAGGUCUCUUUGCCAUCCGUGCCCAGCUCAGAUAUGCCGCAGCAGGACCGUGGGCAGCCGGUAACGUUGGGUAUGGACCAAGAGGAAGAUGAAGACGAACGUGCAUUGCGGGAACUACAGGCAGAGAUGGGGCUGUGA